AUGGCGAAAUCUAUAGGCACAUUCAGGGCCUGGUAUCUGGUCGCUCUUUGCUGUACUGGAAGCUUCCUGUUCGCAUACGAUACGGGUGUAGUUGGUGGUGUCUUGUCACUGGCCUCUUUCCAACACGACUUCAAGAUCACUUCAUCCAACCAGUCCAGUGUCAGCUCCAAUGCGACAAGUCUCUUGCAGGCCGGCGCCUUCUUCUCUUGCUUCUUCGUCUGGCCCUUCACGGCACGGUUUGGCCGUCGAUGGUCUCUCGUCAUUGCUUCUAUCAUUUUCAACAUAGGGGCCAUCGUGCAGACCAUCAACACGCACUCCUUGGCCGCGUUCUACGUGGCUCGUGUCAUUAGUGGCAUAGGUACGUAUUGUGUCAUCACUCGUCAAGCUUUGCGGACCGUCUUUCCUCGAGCGGGCGCUGUCGGCCUGUUCCAUUUGUUCCACUUUCAGCAAUAUCAUAUUCCGGCUCAGGGACGACGUGUUAACAUGCAGUCGUGCGAAGGGGUGGGGAUGGCGACUGUGAUCAUACCCAUGUUCAGCGCCGAGAUGGCUCCCAAGCAGAUCCGCGGUCAGCUGGGAAGUAUGUUCCAGUUCUUCUUCACGCUUGGUGUCAUGACGAGUUACUGGAUUGAUGUGAGUUCUCUCAACAUCUGCUCGGUUCUGGCUAUUCGUGUGAAGCGGCAACUAACGUCUUUACAGUAUGCUGUAUCCGAGCACCUGGGCCCGACAACCCGGCAGUGGCAGAUUCCCAUUGGACUCCAACUGGUCCCUGGGGGCAUUUUGGGUCUCGGCAUGCUGCUGACAAAGGAGAGCACGCGAUGGCUAGCGAAGACUGGGCAGACAGAAAAGGCCAUGGAGUCGCUCGUAUGGGUUCGAGGCGAGAACAGCACCGAGGUUCAAGAAGAGUUCGCCGAGAUCAUCGCAGGCAUCCACGAGGAGGAGCGCGUCACGGAGGGUCUGACGUGGAAGGAGUGCAUGCUCCCGGCGAAUCGGUUCCGUUUCAUCAUCGUCAUCACACUCCAGAUCGGUGUACAGCUGACAGGCAAUACCAGCCUGGCGUACUUUGCUCCCCAAAUAUUCAAGGCUGUCGGGGCUGGCGACCAGGCCCUUCUGAUUAGCGGGUUCUUCGGGGUCGUCAAGGUCGUCUCGUGUUUGUUCUUCCUCCUGUUCCUCGUGGAGAGGGUCGGCCGACGUGGCUCACUCCUCGGCGGCGCGUCUCUGAUGGGCGCAUACAUGCUCAUCAUUGCCUGCCUGACCGCCACGCAUCCGCCCAAGGCCGGCCAAUCUCUGACGAGCACCGGCGCCGCUGCGGUCGCCAUGGUAUACCUCGAGGCUAUGAGCUACAACAUUUCGUGGGGACCGGUACCCUGGCUCUAUAUGAGUGAGAUCUUUCCAUCCAGGAUACGUGAAGCCGGCGUUGCAGUCGGUACGGCCACGCAGUGGCUCUUCAACUUUGUAUUUUCUCAGAUCACGCCCCAUGCCAUAAACAACAUUGGCUGGAGAACAUUCCUGAUGUUCUGCAUCUUCAACUGGUCUCUCGUCGUAUACACGUGGUUUUUCAUCCGAGAGACCAAGGGCAAGUCGCUGGAGGAGAUGGAAGCUGUGUUUGGGUCCAGUGAAACCGCCAUAGACGUCGAGAAGGUCCACGAGCAGGCGAGGAACCUGAUGGACGAUGUCCUCAUAUCCAACCUACCUCCGGAGCAACUCAGGUCGGCUUUGCGAAUGCUCGUCUCCCAAGGCUCCGCGACACAGCAGCCGUUCGUGCAGCACGUCCGUCAGUGCUUUACCGCAGCAGCUCCUGCGCUCACAGCGCCGACGCUCCUCUUUGCCGGGCCUGGCGAGGUGACGGCCGACUGUAGGAAUUUGGAACACUUCGUUACCUCAGUUCGCCUUGCCGAGGCACGUUGGCCAGGGGGCUCUGAACUGGCAGGCGUCCUGCACGAAUUUGGCGGAGACAUGGUGCAGGCGGUGCAAGCCCUGAAAGAAUCGAAACCAGACAUCAACAGCCAUCUCGAGGAGCAGCUCGUGAAUUUGUUAUCGUCGAUGCGGGGGUGCCGCACCUAUUGCGAGGAAGCCCAGCCACGGCCGUUGGUAUACCCAUUCGCCAGGUCCGAGAGGCAGCUUCUUGACGUCCUGUGGCUCUGGUAUCCCCAGAGUCGGGUCCUCGACGAGGCAGAGCCUGGCAUCGCCCACCCACCAUCCGAUCUGUCAACGAGUCUGCCCACGGGCGCAUCUGUUGAGACGAUGAGCUUGGGUCCCUUCGAGAUGCCCAGGCUAUUCAAUGGUCUCUGGCAGAUGUCGUCCCCCGCCUGGGGGUCCGGGACGGUGGCCGACCAAGACACUGCUCUCGUCCAACUCGUCGAGAAGGGCCUGACGGCGACAGACAUGGCAGAUCAUUACGGAGACGCAGAACUUGUCUAUGGAGACUUUCGCAACCGACUGCCGCUGGAGGUGCGAGAGCACGUCUACGCUGCUACCAAGUGGUGUGUAUUCGGCCCCGUCGACCGAGCCGUCAGCAACGACUGGGUGCUCGAGGCAGUGAAGGAGCGGUGCCGGCGGCUUGGAGGCAGAGUCGAGUUGCUGCAGUUCCACUGGUAUGAUUACGCAGCAGAGGAAUAUCUCGAUAUUCUGGUAGAGCUUAUGGCCAUAACGAGAACACAUCCCGAGCUCGUCGGCGCCAUCGGGCUGUGUAACUUUGACUCGGAACACGCGCGGCAGGCUUGCGAGUACCUCCUGGCCAAGACUGGCGUCGUGGGGCUGGUCUCGAAUCAGAUACAGUGCGGUGGGUUCUUGUCGAGCAAGUGGCUCGGUCAGCCGAUGCCAGAGGUGUACUCCGAGUCGUCCAGGUUCACACCCUCGCAGCGAAAGGCAAGGGGCAUCGCGUUCCGUCACUAUCUCGAUAUUAUCAACCACUGGGGCAGUUGGCAGGAGUUCCAAGGCCUCCUUCGCGUGCUUUCAUCGGUUGCAAUUAUUGUCGGGACGAGGCUCGGCAUAACAGCACAUGUCGACGACAACCUCGCUGUUUUCGACUUUACCCUGGACGAGGAAGACCUCGAGGUUAUCAACAGGGCUGCCUUGGGCACAGGACGUAAGAAAACAGCGGUGCUGUACGAGAAGCUCGGUGACUGUGGAAACGAAUAUAGGGGAACGCAUUGA